UGUUAUACUGUAAUACAACUUUUUCUUGUAGUGAAUGUUUAAAACGCUAAUUAUUUUGACGACUAUUACCAGAUCGCUAACCUAAUACCGUAGGUGUUGUGUGGAUUCUGGCUAGACGGAAUAUAUAAAAGCAUCUAGCUGACAACAUGAGGUGGAGAGCGGCUCAUUCCAGCAAGCUCAAAGGGGAAGCGUUCAUGCUCUACUACACACCCGUUUGGAUAGGCAUCAUGGCUGUCAUUGUGCUCGGAAAAUGGUACGAGCGUUUCUCCUCAAACGAUUACCUUCUCACAGGUCUCUGUCUGUCUCUACCGUGCAUUCUAGUGCCUCUCGUUCUAGCAAGAAGUGAUCCAACCGAAAAACACACCCCUAUUUUUAAUCGCUACAUCAUCAAAGCUAACAUCUUUAUCGCUAUCAUUAGCUACCUUGGAAACCAUUUUUACACACAUUACUUCUACAAAGUUCUUGGUAUGCGAUAUACUGGUCCACUGGCGGAAGGAAAAGGCUGGGACAUCAAUCAUGUGCCUGCCUCAAUGUACGCAAUGACUCAUGUCUACUUCAUGAGUUAUCACGUCUUGGUGACACCUGUACUAAGAGCUACUAAUUCAUUAUUUACAAGCCGUAACCUCAAGUUAACGAGUUUGGUCGUGGUGGUGUGUGUGGUUGCCUUCCUGACUGCAUUUGCCGAGACUUUAACAAUUAGUGGAUUUCCUUACUACACGUAUCCUGAUUUCUACCAGAUGCUCACUAAAGGAUCGGUGUUUUACUGUACUUUCUUUGUUGUGACGUUUCCGUGGUUUUAUCGAAUGGACGAAGAUCCCACUGACCUUUGGCCUAUUGGCCGUGUUGCCAUGGAAGCAUUGGCUGCUAUGAUGGUAGUGCUCUUGUGUGCGGACAUUUGGAGACUGUUAAUUGAGAGAUUUGGCAGUCUACCUAUUGAUGUGCCUUAUGCCUAGCUACGUAUGUAUGAUACUCAGUGAACACUUUGCAAUUGUAAUUGUAUGUCUGGUAUGCAUACCGUAUGUUAUGUGAUACGUACACAACACUGUAUUACUAGAAUAUUUUGCGGCUGAAA